AUGAGUCAAAAGGAAGGCUCCGGUGAGAUUCAAAUCUCUGCUUCCGGUGCUCGUAUUAUGAAGGGUAAGCAAGAAGCCGGCGAGAAGAUGAAGAAGGAUGCCAAGAAGAAGAAGGCUAAAGAUUCAAUUGCAGCGAGAGUCUCCAAGCGAAUGAAGAAGAAAGAUGGCAAGAGCGCCUCCUCUGGACCUCACUCUCCUUCGAUGUUGAAGAGUCAGGACGUUGUUAACCUCGUCGUCCAAGCUCACAGCAAGAAGGAUUUAGCCAGAGCUUGUACUAAUGAUGAAAUCCCCGAAACUGUCCCGGAGGGUUUGUUCUGUGUCCACGAGAAAUACAUCUCCAAGUGUCACCUUAGGUUCCCUCUCCCAACCCUCUUGCUAAAUCUCCUAGAUCACUAUCAAUUAGCCCUUUCCCAGCCUUGCCCCUCGGUUAUCCGAGUGGUGAAUGGAUUUUUCACCAGGGCUAAGGAAGAAGGAGUUAUCGUAGGGCUAACCGAGCUGAUGAGUCUUUUCUUGAUAAAGGAGAGCUCCACCAAGGAGGGGGGAAGCGGGACCUAUUAUCUCCCCUGUCAUCCAGGGCUAGAGAUUGAGGACCCUGCUAAGUUAUCCGGUAAACUCACUAGAGCUCUCUGUAGGAAGCUGCAACACAGCCCUAAUACCUGGGGAGCUUACACUACCACGAGAAUUGGAUCAGAUAUUUCUGAAGGUGAAUCAGUAUUCUCAGUCUCGUCGGGAGCCAGCACCUCAGAAAGGACUCAGUCACACAAGAUGCCUAUCCAGCCCUCGUUCCGUUCCAGGGGUAGAUCAACCAAAGCUGCCAGCUCCUCUCGAGGAAGCAACAAGAAUCAAGGAGGAUCCUUCCUCAGCACUGUGAAGGAUGUCCUUGAUGAUGGAGGCUCUGCUCCUGUCAAAGAUGCCAGUCGCUCCGAGCCCAGGGUUCAGGAAGUUGUCCCUCACUCCGAGGUCCCGGAGGCGGAAGCUGAUCUUCAAAUAGUGAAGGAUACUCAUGAGUUUGAGCCUCCGAGGAGCAAGAGAGGAGGAACUGUCGGCUGGAAAUUCGCUCACUCGAAGCCUGAAUCAGUCUUGGAUGACUCGUGGGGUUUGGCUACGCUGAUGAGGCACAUGAAGAGAACCGGGUGUGCCCUCCCCUCGAUCGCCAAUCUCACGAACAAAGAGGAGUACGUUGAGAUUGCCCAUUGCAUGGGCCAGCUGGCUGGAGCUAUCAACAGGGCUCAGUUCAAGUUUGAGGAAACUGUGCACAAUGCCCCCAAUGCUGGUGAGCUAGCUCAGGUUACUGAGCUAGUUAGAGCUACUAAGAUGGAGCUCGACCAGGCUCGGUUUAAGGUCUCUGAACUUCAAGCUGAGGUCAAGAGACUUGGCUCCAAGGCCGACAUUCAGUAA